GCGCCCUCCUCGGGCCCUCGGGCCCGCGCGGCGGCGCACGGGCCGCGCGGGCUGCGGCCGCGGCAGCGGAGGCGGUCGGCCGGGAGCGCGCUUCAUGAAGGAUCGGAUCAGAGCAGUGGCCGACCUCUGUCGAGCUGGAAAAAUGGCUCAUGAACACGGCCAAGGAGGCGGACGCGGGCGCCGUCUUCCUGAGACGGAUGCUCAACAUGAACCCAACGUACGGCUCGUACCUGUCCGGGGACCAGGAGAUUGCCGGAAUCGUCCAGCUGUUUGCGAAACGCUUCCGUGCCAAGAUCAUGCAGGCGGAGGCACCCAUCCAGCCCGCCACACUCUACGAGCCGCUCUGCGAGGUCGUCUGGAGAGUCAUCGGGCACGUGCUCCACUCCAUCGUGGACCUGGAAGACGUGGAGAACUCGCCGUUCCCCCGGGAAGCCGUGGGACAGGUCAAGAUGUUGUUGCAGACGAACGUUGAGCUGAGCAAAAAGUUCAACGAGAUGCGGCGCGCCUACCUGCGGGAGCUCAGCGAGCAUCGCGACCGGCAGCGCGAGCUCAGUCAGAAGCAGAAGGACCUGCUCCACGACCUCAAGGAGGAGCCCAUCAUGUUCUACGAGCCCCUCGAGUUUGUGCUGGACGAGGCCACCAAGGACUUCGUGCGCGAGGUUGUCGAGGAGAGGGUGAAGCUGGGCUUUCGCGCGAGCGCCGCCAAGAAGAUGGCGGGCGGCGAGAAUGAGGUGCAGGAUCUGGACGUGGAGGAGCUGCAGGCCGCGCUGAAACAGGCGCUGAACGACGCCAAGCAGCUGCGCAUCGCGCAUGCCAAGGAGAUGGACAAGAGCAAGCGGUCGGAGGACGCGCUGCGGCGCGCGAAGGACGAGAUGGAGCUGGAGCGGAGGAAGACGGAAGGAGUGCGGCUGCAGCUGGAGGAGGCCCAGAAGGAGAUUCUCGACCUGAAGGACGAGAUCGAGACCCUGAGCAAGGGCCUCCAGAACAAGGAAGGCGCGGACAAGAAGGCGAAGCUGUCUGCCGAGCUGGCGGACACCCAGAGGCGCUCGCUCAAUGAGGCCCUGGAGAAGCUGUCCCUUGCGGAGGAGAGGAUCGCGCAGCUCGAGCAGGACAAGAAGGACCUCGCCCUGGAGCUGGCCAAGGCCAAGUACCGCAUCGAGCAGCUGGAGGGCAAUAGUGAUAGCAACAACAAGGAUAAGGCCCUGGCCGAGAAGGAAGCGGAAGCGGCCAGGCAGCUACGCGAGAGGAUAUCGUCCCUGGAAAAGGAGAACAAGCAGCUCCGGGAGCAGCUCCAGAGCCUAUCAGCAAAAUUAUGUAAGCCCAAGCCAGAAGAGGCACCGGCACCAGCUCCGAUAGUUGCUGGUCCUAGCGAGGAUGACCUGAAAGAAGCUGUAGCCAAGGCGGCCAAGGAGUACGAGCUGAAGAUCAAAGCGCUCCAGACAGAGAUCAAAAGAUUGAAGGAGGAGCUGGAGAGCAUGAACAGCGGUGGCGACGGCCAGCGCGCGAAGGACAUGGAGAAAAUCGCCGCGCUCAAGCUGGAGGUCGAGGAGCUCAAGGCCAAGCUCCAGGAGAAGGACGACAAGUACAACGACCUCGCCGAGGAGCACGAGAGGCUGCAGGAGCACGUCAAGAGGCUCAUGGCGAAGCUGGAGGAGCUGGGCGCCAAGGACUUCGUGGAGGAGAUGAAGGACCAGAUCAACCUGAACCCACUGGAGGGCAGGAAUCGACGGAAGAAGCUGAACGCGUUCGACCGGCUGUACCACGACGCCCAGCGCCGCAUCCUCGACAUGAGGGCGAAGGCUAAGUCCGCGGCCCGGUCCGAGGAGGUGAGCCUCGUGGAGGCCGUGAAGCUCGUGAAGGACAAGGCGGCGCUUCGCCAGGCGGAGGCCCUGAGGAUGCUGCAGGCGCACCACAGCCAGACCAGGAACUCGCCGCUUCCACGACGCCCUCCAGAAGUUCACCUUGCAGCACGGCCGGGGCGGCGAGGCCGAGGGUGGCGGCGAGGCGGCGGGGGGCACGGACGCGGCGGCCGGCACGGGCGGGGACGACGUCAGCCCGAAGAUCGGCGGCUUGCUGUCUCUGAAGCUGUUAAAAAAGAAGGCGCAGGAGAUGGGCGAGAGUCUGUCCGAGCACGGCGAGGCCACCCUGCCCGACCAUGAGGAUCGAUCGGCCGGAUGAGGCAGGAAAACGAAGACUUGAGAGAUCAGGUCCAGCAGCUGACGGCCCGCCUCGCGCAGCUCGAGCACGGCGCGGGAGCGGGAGGCUCUGGGUCGCAUUCUGCGCAGCGGGCCCUGACCAGGGCGAUUCGGCAUGCGGCCAAGGCGGGACGCGCGUCGAGCGUCUUCCAGCAUGUGCACAUGGAUGCCGAGGCCCGGGCCGACGCGCACAGCGGCGUGGAGGACAGUGGUGAGUCGGACGUGCCGCAGGCGCCCCGCCAGGGUCUUGCCACCGUUUCGCCGUUCGCAGCCGCCUUCAUGGGCUCCGCGCGGAACUCGCCCUCCGCCGCGGAGUCGGGGAUGCCGGCCCGGCGAGCGUCCCUGGUCUCGGGGAGGAGGAUGUCGCUGGUGUCCGGGGGGCUCAUGGCCGCCAGGUCCGCGUCCCCGCAGCUGCUCGAGGAUGCGGAGGAGGACCUCGUGGAGCCCACGGGCACGCGGACCUCUCCCGCGGGCGCCAGGUCCAGGGCCGCCCGGCCUGCCGCGGGCCGCGGGGAGGCCGCCG